AUGGAGAUUUUCCGGAAACUUGGCUUGGAGGAAGACCUGCGGAGGCAAGGUGUAGCAGUUGACAUUGAUCAGAACGUCUUGAUCUCAAGCGGUCUUUCUGCAGAUACACCUAUUACGAGCUGGGUAUUGCCUGGAGUAACCAAAUUCCGGGAGCAGAUUCGACAAACGAACGACGGUACUCAGCCCCAGGAGCCGUGGCAACGAGCAUCCCAAGCGAUAUUUGAGAAAUGGCUCAAAGCCAUUUGCGACAAGGCUCCAUUGAUUGACCUGAAUUACGGGUAUACGGUUGAGUCUGUCGAGGAGAAGAACAACUUGGUAGAAACAGUGGUCACAAAUAUGAAAACUGGGGAAGAAUCGCGUUGGAGAUCUGAGUACGUGGUAGGAUGCGAUGGGGGGUCUAGUAGAGUUCGCAGCUGUCUCUCAACCCCUGUGGAUGGAGGCCCAAUCCCAUCAUGUGCCCUAUUGGUGCACUUUAAAUCCCGCGAUUUGGCCCACCUUCACAAGCAAGGGCAAUUCUGGCACAUGUUUUUCCUCGGUGAGUCUGGAGGAUUUGAAGCAGCCAUAAUAUCCCAAGACGAGAAGGAUACAUGGACCAUCCAUCUUUUUUUGCCUUUGGACGCAGAGCCUGAGAAGAUCGAUUCCCAUGAUGCUAUUUACCGCGCACUUGGUGGCGUCUAUGGGCCGUACAAAAUUACGGUUGACGAGAUAUUGGUCCGAUCUAUUUGGCGUCCAACUAUUGCGGUCACUCGUCAUUGGAGCAGCCCGUCGCUUCGAAUCUUCCUUGCGGGAGACUCGGCGCACCAGAAUAUCCCCACUGGAGGUUAUGGAAUGAAUAUGGGAAGCGGCGACGCCUUCGAUCUGGGUUGGAAACUCGCCUCGGUUAUCAAUGGGCACGGAGGCGACGGAUUGCUCCGAUCAUACGAUUUGGAGCGAAAGCCUGUUGCUCUUCGAAACGUCGAACGCUCAGGAAUUCACUUCCAAGUUCACAGUCAACUCCAGGAGAUGAUAGGAGGUGGCGACCCUCGCCGGCUGGACUCCGAAACCGAUGAAGGUCGCACUUUGCGGCCGAAGCUACACGAGUACUACCAGAUGAAUGAUGGAGAGAACAAGGAUUUUGGUAUUGAGAUGGGUUAUCGAUACUCAUCUCCUCUUAUCAUGGUCAGCAAAAGUGAUGACGACGAGCCACCAUUCAUCCCUCGCCACUAUACACCUACGACAUGGCCUGGAGGUCGGCCACCCCACCUGUUUCUCUCGGAUGGAACUGCCAUUUUUGAUAAGUUUGGUAAAAGCUGGACGCUUUUGGUUUUCAUUGUAGGUGAUGUCGGCCAACACCACCUAGUGAAUGCAGCGACAGACUCCCUACUACCCCUCGUGCUGGUGGACUUGUCGAAUGAGGAGUAUGCUGGAAAGCUUUAUGAACGGGAUCUAGUGCUCAUUCGUCCCGACCAGCAUGUUGCCUGGAGAUCCAAUAAGAUUGACUCUAUCGAAGGCGCCCACGAAAUUCUCCGGAUUGUCACUGCUCGAGCCGAAUGGACUCAGUUGCCGUUGUUUACCGAAGUAUCCGAGCCCCUUAAGUAA